AUGUCACCGAAUAAUCGAUUUUUUUCAUGCUUUUUUUCUCGUUUCUCAACUACUAAUAAUGAUCAUCAUCGAGCUCAUCAACUUGUUAAUACCGAAGAUGAAAUAAAUAGUGAUGAUCCGACCGAACACACAAUAGUUGAAGAACAAAAUCUUGUUUCUCAACCAAUAACAACAAGAGCUUAUUCAUCAUCCUCAAUAUUAAAACGAUAUGAACGAAAUUAUAUUUCAGCAUCAUGUAGUAUGUUUGCUAUAGCUGCAUUAGCAGUAAGUCUAUCUGAUUAUCGAUGGUUCUGGUUAAAUGGUGGUUUAUGCAAUUCAAAAUAUAUUGGUUUAAGUAUGUUUUUUGCUGUUGGAAAAUUAUUUGUUGUACGAGUACCUGUUGCAUGGGAUCCAUCAGCACCAAUGAACGAAAUUUAUCAAUUUAAACCAAAUGAUUAUAUGGAUUUAAGUGGUUGUGUUGAUACACGUUCGAUAUUAAUUCUUCGUUUAAUGAUAACAUUAAUUUGUUUAGCGAUAUUUUCUUCGACUAUUGGAUUUUUAUUAGAUGCACUUGGACCAAUGAAAUUUGGACUAAAAUUUAUGAGACGUCAUGCGUUUUGGCAUAUUUUAUCAGUUCUUCUUUGUACAGUAGUAACCGGUCUAUGUUUUUGGGCAUCGGAAUUAAUUUAUGAUAUUCAAGAUAAAACUCGUACGAAAAUAGGAAAAAAAGUCGAAGUACAAUUCGAUGUCGCUUAUUAUCUUGUUGUUAUGUCCAGCGGUCUUUCAUUAUUAGCAUCUGCUUUUGCACUCUUAAGACGAUAUCCAACAGCUGAAGAAGAACAUUUAGAAAGAUUAAUGGAUGAUUGGUCACGACGUGAAGAACCUUUGUUUAUUGAACGUUCUUUACCGGCUUCAAUAUCAACAAUACCAACAAGUGAUGAACCACCACCAGAAUAUUCCGAACAGAAUGUUAUUGUAGUAUGA